AUGAAUCUAGAAAUUGACAACCUAAAGACAAGAAGUACAUCGUUAUUCUUGAAAGAGAAUAGUAAUAUUAUUCUUGUUACCAAUGAUACAUCCAGUCGUGCCGGCUUUUAUGAGAUGAAUAUUUUCGACAAUGUUUAUGUAGAGCAACUUGCCAAUGACGAUAUCUACAACAACAAAGCUCAACUCACUAUUGGAUUGCUUGAAUCCAAGAAAUACGCAGUGACUUUCAUGGAAAUCCAUAAAAGAAAUUCCGAAAAUAUCUCUUUACAGCGAGACUUGGCUAAUUAUAUUACUAUGUAUCAAACAAAAAUAGUCAAUCAAACGAAAUGGUACUGUAUCGCGCGAUUUGAUGAAAGUGGUUAUAUGGAUGCUAAGAGAUAUAAAAACCCGAAUUUCAAAAAAUUUGUGCUAACGCUGUAUGAAAAUAUUGUUGAAUCAAAGAAAGGAAUGAAUAUUUUUAAGGAGUCUGUGGUCAGGUAUGAAAUAAUUGAUGAAGUGCGCUUUAAUUAUGCUAUCAGAGCAGUGAUACUUAUGAUACCGAUUUUAAGUGUACUUUUAGCUGCUAUCAUUUUAAUCAGUUCGUACAGAUGA